CGUAUUUAGGGAGACACUCCGGUUCACGUGGUUACGCGGUGUCAGUGAGACGUCGGGGAGAGUCGGGAGAGUUUCUGCGCUUGUUCCGCGACAAGACCUUGUUUACUUUGGCAAAACUUAAGAAAGGCGUUUCUCACAAGCAGGUGCUCCACAUGAUCAGAUGAUCCACAUGAUCAGAUGAUCCACAUGUUCAGAUGAUCCAUGAGCUCUGAAACCGCUCAGUGAAAUCGUUCGAGUCAAUCUUCCUUUUCUCUGGCCACAUCUACUUCCUAUCUACUGGCCACAAUAUAAAACAGAUUAAAAUGCCAAAGAAAAGCAAAACAAAGAGUGUUAAGAGACAGCGCAGUGAUGGUGAGCAGCCCACUCCUAAACAGAGCAGGGUAGAGCAAAGCAACACUCCAGCCCCUCUGUGCUUCCACAGCCCUGUCAGCUUGUUCGAGAGCCUCAUCCAUCCCAUGGGGACUGAGCAGUUCUUCAUGGAGUACUGGGAGAAGAAACCUCUCCAUCUGAAGCGAUCCGACUCCAACAUAGCUUCCUACUACCAGUCUUUGUUCCAGCUGUCUGACCUGCAGAGCUUGUGCUCUCAGGGUCUGGAUUACUACAAGGACAUUAAUGUUGUUCGUUGUAUCAAUGGCAAGAAAAAAGUUCUCAACAAGGACGGGAGAGUUAAGGGCAGCGUUCUCAAUAAGUACUUGGUUCAGAAUAAGGCCACCAUCCAGUUCCACCAGCCACAGAGGUUCAAGGAUGAAUUAUGGAGGAUCCUGGAGAAGCUUGAGUGUUUCUUUGGAGCCUUGGUUGGCUCCAACAUCUACAUCACACCACAGGAUUCCCAGGGCCUUCCAGCUCACUAUGAUGAUGUCGAGGUGUUUAUUCUGCAGCUGGAAGGGCAGAAACAUUGGCGUCUCUACAGUCCAACUGUUCCACUGGCAGCAGAGUACAGUGUGGAAUCAGAGGAGAGGAUCGGCAGCCCAACCCACGAUAUUAUACUUGAGGCUGGAGAUGUUCUUUAUUUUCCCAGAGGAACCAUCCAUCAUGCCCGAACACCAGCAGGAGUGGACCACUCCACCCACUUGACACUCAGCACCUACCAGAGAAUGUCAUGGGGAGAUAUGCUGUUGGACAUAUUUCCCGGCUUGCUUUUUGACCGCAGCAGGACUGAAGUCAACCUGAGAGAGGGCAUGCCCAGGGGACACUUGCUGGGUAACAGUGAAGGUUUGGACACCAGCAGGCGGCUGGUGACUGGCCUCAGAUCUCUGGCCAAUGAAAUAGAAACAGGACUUCUGGAAGUCCGAUCCACUCACAUGAAGAGAGACUUUAUAAUGAACAGACUGCCACCAUACAGCCAGCAGCAUCUGCUUACACCAUGUGAAAGGAUUCCUUCCUUGGAGGAUAUGGUGUGUUUGAGGUUUAAGGACCACAUGGUAAUAACAAUGGAGGCCAGCCAACAGAGAACAGAUGAGGUCACAGAGCUGGCUGUCUUUGUCUUGCACUCUUUGAAGAACCAGAGGGAGCAUCACAUGAUGGGUGGAAGUGAUGAAAAGGAUGAACAUGACAUCUCCAGGGGCUUGAAGUUCCCUCUGUCCCACCUCCAGGCCCUGAGACAGCUCCAAAAGGCAGAGCAGCUGGCUGUGGCCCAGCUCCAGCUGCCUACACAGGAGGCUAAACUCAGUCUUGUCCUGGCGCUCUGGAGUGAGAGCCUGUUGGAUGUGCUGUAACACACCACUACAUCAAAAUAUCAUUCGUGUUAAAUCAAUAAAAGUGGAUUUUUAUGAAUACUA